AUGAUAGAUGACAAUUCAGACUUGGAGAUUCCACAAGUUUCCCGCUCUCCCCAACCUGUUGCGCACAAAAAAUCUAAUUUGCCUUCAAGCUCUUCUAACUCAGCACCACCAGAAGAAUACAAAUACUAUUUUUUAUUGGAGCUCUGGCAGCCAGACCAAGACAAUCGGAUAUACAAUAUCAGGGUAAAUAAUAGUGUGGAUUUAUUUGAAGAGCUGCAACAGUCACUUAAGGCCGGUACUUUUCUAUAUCCAACCCCUCUUCCUCCUCAAAAUGAAAUCAGAUUCAAUGACGGCUUUGAAUCAAACUUUGGGAUCAAAUUGCCGUCUGAGGAGAUUCCAUUGUUGUCCUCAAGUACUGGACUGUGCACUGGGACCAAAGUAUCUCUGGAUAAUCCAUAUUGUCCAUGGCCAUCAAAAGCGCAUUUUUUAUCAGCCCUUUUAUUUGGAUCUGCACGGAUUCCAUUCUCAGAUGUGCAGAAACAUGCCAUACUAAACUGGGCAAAAGAACUUGGUGCCCAAAAUGUACCCUCACUCUAUUCUAUCAAAAAAUGCAGCAAACGAGUUUCUGAACUUCUUGGGAACAUUACGGACGGGGUCACUUCACAAUUGGGCAAUAUAUUCUAUAUGAACGACAUCGGUAAAGCUAUUGCAAAGGACUACGCAAAUCCGCUCACCCGCUUUGCCAUGCAAGACUAUCCUGAAGAUGGUGGAAGCGGGAUGUCUGAAGUCUUCAAUGGCGAGAAACUACUAACACAGAUGCAGUCACCUCCAGCAGCUCGUGUUCUGGAUAAGAUUUAUUUUAUCAACAAGCUCCUUCAAGAAAAUUUGGGCAGGUAUUUUAUCCCAGAACAGUUUUUCUUAGCAUCUUACCCGUCUACGGACAACAAUGCGCCUACAGAUAAAGAGCUCUAUGCUCUGGGUUGUCCUGUCAAGCGCACUGAAGCAGGUUUUAUCGUAAAUGACGAAAAAGAAAUCAUUCCGACUUCGGCAUUUAUUCGCUUAUUCAAAGACAUUCUUUUGCAUGAAGGUGAAUUAUCUUGCAGACUCAUGGAAUCAUCUAAAAAAUAUGCAGAGCUCAUGCCACAUCCACUUUGCCAGAAGGCCAACGGCCAAAUAGUGUACUCUGUGCCAUUAACCAUUUUUAUGGAUGAUGUCUCUGGCAAUAUCUCAAAACAGUGGAAUAAACACCAUACUAUCUACAUGUCAAAUGCAAAUUUGCCUCGCGAGCUGCUCAAAAAGGAGUUUUUUGUUUGUUUUGUAUCAUCCUCUCCUCAUGCAGCACCAAUGGAGUUGAUGCGGGUGAUGAAGGAUCCGAUAUGCAGAAACUGGAUCAUCGCUUGGGACUGUAGGGAUGAGCAAGAAGUUAUGCUCAUCCCUUAUGGUCUAUUCAUUGCAGGAGACAAUCUGAUGCAGGCGGAGGAGUGUAGUCACGCAGGGCUAGGUUGCAACUACUUCUGUCAAAUAUGCAAAGUAGGUGGCAUGAAUAAAUACAAAAAAUCCGAAGCAGGGUACAAUAGUUUAUUUGUGCCAGGGGCCUUGCAUACCCCAGAAAAAACAGCGGAGAAGAUCUGUUGCCAAUUUGAUAGUCCCUUCAAAUCCGGUGCAACUGAAAAAAUUAAGUGGUCAAAAUGGGGAAAAAAGUUAAGAAAACAAGAAGCAGGACAGCGAGUUGUACCAGAAGUAGAAAUACAAGCCUCGUUGGAAAAAGAGUUUGAAGAGCUGAUGCAAGGCCUCAAAUACAAGGAUGUGAUCAAUCCACUCCUUGGCAUGGAAGGCCUUGAUAUUCAUAUGGAUACGCCUACGGAAAUAUUGCAUACAGUUUUAUUAGGAGUUGUGAAAUAUGUCUGGUUUCAAACAAUCUUUCUUCUUGAGAAAAACAAGCUACUCGAUAUCUUCCAAAUGCGCCUCGAGUCCAUCAAACAACACGUUAUGAAUUGUUCAACCAUAUUUUCAGGCUCUUGUGAUACCAUCAAACACAUUGCUACAGGCGGUUACUGGUAUCACACUGUAAAUAAGACGUGGGUUUGGGGGGGCUCAGAGGUGCUUGGGUACAUGGAAACUCAUCCACAUCAGGCUAAAUUACUUGGAUUACCAAGUUGUGAUUCACCUGAGCCAGGUACUGGCAUUAUUCUCAAAAUCGGUGGAAAGAAGGACACCAUCACUUGGAAGAAGUCCCGCUGCGCGGCAGUACUGCUAAACAUCAAGGAACGUCCUGGACUCACACUUUACAGGGGAAAGUCUUUGAUAAUAAAGGUGGGCAAUAAUGUGUCGGUGGAUAACCACAUCAUAUUCUACCAUCCUGUUGAAAAUAAGGAACGUACUCGGAGCAUCAGGACAAAAGCCAUUAUCAGGCACAAAAACACCUCAAGGUACCUCCUUAACUCUUUCUCGAUCCACAACUAUGAGCACAUCUAUAUGGCCCUCCCCGAGAGUUUGCGUAGUACCCCUCUCCGCAUCACCAACAUUGAAGAGGUCCAAAAAGUGGCUGUUCAGCAAAUGGAAAACACCAAGUCAGCAAACAGUCCCAGUGAGGCGGCAGAGAACGUAGAAAAUGGUACCAGUGAGGCAGUGGAGAACACAGAAAAUGGUACUGCUAACACCAACAACCUACAACUGGCCUUUGACCAUCAACCAAACAAGCCAAAGAUUGCCCGCAAGCAACAUAAGAAAUCACCAUCUCAAGUGUUUGCAUCCUCUUUGCAACCUGGUACGUCCUUUGGCCCGUUUCCAUCCACUUUGCGCACACCAUCCCAAGCACUCCACUCUUCCGCGUUUAUAUCCUCCUCGCAACCUGGUUUAUCCUCUGUCCAUCUCCAGCCGCAUCAACCACCACCUGGCCCAUACCCAUCCACUUCACACAUGCCAUCCCAAGCACUCUUUCCCCCGGUGCCACCUCAACCGUGCUACUCCCCUGCGCUAUUCCAAGCACAUUACUCCCCCACGCUAUCCCAAGUGCAGUACUCCCCUGUGCCAUCCCAAGCAAGAUGUUCCCCCACACCAUCCCAAAUACAGUACUCCCUCACGCAAUCCCAGGCGCUCUACUCCCCCAUUCCAUCCCAAGCACAACACUCCCCUGUUUUUAUACCUCUUUUGCAACCUGGUUUGUCCUCUGUUCAUCUCCAGCCUCUCUAG